ACUACAGCACCAGUGAGAUGCUGGUCAACAUGGGCAACCUGCCGCUGGAUGAGUUCUACCCGGCGGUGGCCAUCGUCACGCUGAUGCGCAUCCUGAGGGACCCCUCCCUGUCCAACCAUCACACCAUGGUGGUCCAGGCCGUCACCUUCAUCUUCAAGUCCCUGGGCCUCAAGUGCGUCCAGUUCCUGCCGCAGGUCAUGCCCGCUUUCCUCAACGUGAUCCGCGUGUGCGACGCCAGCAUCCGAGAGUUCCUCUUCCAGCAGAUGGGAAUGGUGGUGUGCUUUGUGAAGAUCCACAUCCGCCCCUACAUGGAUGACAUCUUUACCCUCAUCAGAGAGUACUGGACCCCCAACAACCCCAUGCAGAGCACCAUCAUCCUCCUCAUCGAGCAGAUCGUGGUGGCGCUGGGCGGCGAGUUCAAACUCUACCUGCCUCAGCUCAUCCCGCACAUGCUGCGCGUCUUCAUGCAUGACAACAGCACCGGGCGCGGCGUCACCAUCAAGCUGCUGAACGCCAUCCAGCUGUUUGGUGCCAACCUGGACGACUACCUGCACCUGUUGCUGCCUCCCAUCGUCAAGCUCUUUGAUGCGCCCGAUGUCCCCCUGCAGGCCCGCAAGGUUGCCUUGGAGACUCUGGACAGGCUGACAGAAUCCCUGGACUUCACCGACUACGCCUCCCGCAUCAUCCACCCCAUCGUCAGGACGCUGGACAGCACGCCAGAGCUGCGCUCCACCUCCAUGGACACCUUGUCUUCGCUGGUGUUCCAGCUGGGCAAGAAGUACCAGAUCUUCAUUCCCAUGGUCAACAAGGUGAUGCUGAAGCACCGGAUCAACAACCAGCGUUACGACAUCCUCAUAUGUCGCAUCGUGAAGGGCUACACUCUGGCAGAGGAGGAAGAGAACCCUCUCAUCUUCCAGCACCGCCAGCUCCGCGGUAACCAAGGCGACGCCCUGGUCAGCGGCCCCGUGGAGGCGGGGCCAAUGAAGAAGCUGCACGUCAGCACCAUCGCCCUCCAGAAGGCCUGGGGCGCUGUUCGAAAGGUUUCCAAAGACGACUGGUUGGAGUGGCUGAGGCGCCUGAGUGUGGUCCUCCUCAAGGAGUCUUCCUCCCCGUCCCUGCGGUCCUGCUGGUCACUGGCUCAGUCCUACAUCCCGCUGGCCAGGGAUCUUUUCAACGCCGCUUUCCUGUCCUGUUGGUCGGAGCUGAGCGAAGACCAGCAGGACGAGUUGAUCCGCAGCAUCGAAUUGGCGCUCACGUCGCAGGACAUCGCCGAGGUCACGCAGACGCUGCUCAACCUGGCCGAGUUCAUGGAGCACAGUGACAAGGGUCCUCUGCCUCUGAGAGACGACAACGGCAUCGUACUGCUCGGCGAGAGGGCAGCCAAAUGUCGCGCGUACGCCAAGGCUUUGCAUUACAAAGAGCUGGAGUUCCAGAAAGGUGCUUCUCCCCUCAUCCUGGAGUCGCUCAUCAGUAUCAACAACAAACUGCAACAGCCAGAAGCUGCGUCGGGUGUGCUGGAGUACGCCAUGAAACAUUUUGGUGAACUGGAAAUCCAAGCCACCUGGUACGAGAAGCUCCACGAGUGGGAAGACGCCCUGGUGGCGUACGACAAGAAGAUCGACUUGAACAAGGAGGACCCAGAGCUCAUCCUGGGCAGGAUGCGCUGCUUGGAGGCCCUGGGAGAAUGGGGGCAGUUACACCAGCAGUGCUGUGAGGAGUGGACGCUAGUGAGUGAAGAAACCCAGGCCAAGAUGGCGCGCAUGGCCGCUGCAGCCGCAUGGGGUCUGGGGCACUGGGACAGCAUGGAGGAAUAUACCUGCAUGAUCCCCAGGGACACCCACGACGGUGCCUUCUAUAGGGCGGUGCUGGCGCUGCAUCAGGAUCUGUUCUCGCUGGCCCAGCAGUGCAUCGACAAGGCCAGAGACCUGCUGGAUGCCGAGCUGACGGCCAUGGCAGGAGAGAGCUACAGUCGAGCCUACGGGGCCAUGGUGUCUUGCCAGAUGCUGUCAGAGCUGGAGGAGGUGAUCCAGUACAAGCUGGUCCCCGAGAGGAGGGACAUCAUCAGGGACACCUGGUGGGAGAGGCUGCAGGGCUGCCAGCGUAUUGUGGAGGACUGGCAGAGGAUCCUGAUGGUGCGCUCCUUGGUGAUCAGCCCACACGAGGACAUGAGGACCUGGCUGAAAUACGCCAGCCUGUGUGGCAAGAGUGGACGUCUGGCCCUGGCCCACAAGACCCUAGUGCUGCUCCUGGGCGUGGACCCUUCCAAGCAACUGGACCACCCUCUGCCCACAGCCCACCCGCACGUCACCUACGCCUACAUGAAGUACAUGUGGAAGAGCGCCCGCAAGAUCGAUGCCUUCCAGCACAUGCAGCAUUUUGUGCAGGGCAUGCAGCAACAAGCCCAACACGCCAUUGCAGCCGAGGACCAGCAACACAAGCUGGAGCUCCAUAAACUGAUGGCCAGAUGCUUCCUGAAGCUGGGCGAGUGGCAGCUGAGCCUGCAGGGCAUCAACGAGAGCACCAUCCCCAAAGUUCUGCAGUACUACAGCCACUCCACCGAGCACGACCGCAGCUGGUACAAGGCGUGGCACGCGUGGGCCGUGAUGAACUUUGAGGCAGUGCUCCACUACAAGCACCAGAACCAGGCCCGCGAUGAGAAGAAGAAGCUGCGGCACGCCAGCGGGGCCAGCGCCAACAGCGAGGCCAGCAACAGCGACAGCGAGGUGGACGGCAGUGAGCACAGUCCUGGACAGAAAAAAGUCAAUGAGGACCUGUCCAAGACCUUGCUCCUCUACACAGUUCCUGCAGUCCAGGGCUUCUUCCGCUCCAUCUCCCUGUCCCGGGGCAACAACCUGCAGGACACGCUCAGGGUCCUGACUCUGUGGUUCGACUACGGCCACUGGCCUGAGGUGAACGAGGGCCUGGUGGAGGGCAUCAAGACCAUCCAGAUAGACACCUGGCUGCAAGUGAUCCCGCAACUCAUCGCUCGAAUCGACACUCCUCGUGCUCUGGUGGGUCGCCUCAUCCACCAGCUGCUCACAGACAUCGGCCGCUACCAUCCCCAAGCGCUGAUCUACCCGCUGACCGUGGCCUCCAAGUCCACCACCACGGCUCGCCACAACGCCGCCAACAAGAUCCUGAAGAACAUGUGCGAACACUGCAACACGCUGGUCCAGCAGGCAAUCAUGGUGAGCGAGGAGCUAAUCCGGGUGGCCAUCCUGUGGCACGAGAUGUGGCACGAGGGCCUGGAGGAGGCGUCACGACUCUACUUCGGGGAGCGCAACGUCAAAGGCAUGUUCGCCGUCCUGGAGCCUCUGCACGCCAUGAUGGAGAGGGGCCCACAGACCCUGAAGGAGACCUCCUUCAAUCAGGCGUACGGCAGAGACCUGAUGGAGGCUCAGGACUGGUGCAGGAAGUACAUGCGCUCUGGAAACGUGAAAGACCUGACCCAGGCCUGGGACCUGUACUACCACGUCUUCAGACGCAUCUCCAAACAGUUGCCCCAGCUCACAUCCCUAGAGCUGCAGUACGUGUCGCCCAAGCUGCUGAUGUGUCGCGACCUGGAGCUGGCCGUGCCCGGGACCUACGACCCCAACCAGCCCAUCAUCCGCAUCCAGUCCAUCGCGCCCUCGCUGCAGGUCAUCACCUCCAAGCAGCGCCCGCGCAAACUCACCAUCAUGGGCAGCAACGGCCAUGAGUUCAUGUUCCUGCUGAAGGGCCAUGAAGAUCUGCGUCAGGACGAGAGAGUCAUGCAGCUCUUUGGUCUGGUCAACACCCUGCUGGCCAACGACCCCGCCUCCCUGCGCAAGAACCUCAGCAUCCAGCGCUACGCCGUCAUCCCGCUGUCCACCAACUCAGGCCUGAUCGGCUGGGUGCCUCACUGCGACACGCUGCACGCCCUCAUCAGAGACUACCGGGAGAAGAAGAAGAUCCUGCUCAACAUCGAGCAUCGCAUCAUGCUGAGGAUGGCGCCCGACUACGACCACUUGACGCUGAUGGAGAAGGUGGAGGUGUUUGAGCACGCAGUCAACAACACGGCCGGAGACGACCUGGCCAAGCUCCUGUGGUUAAAGAGCCCAAGUUCUGAGGUGUGGUUUGACAGGAGGACCAACUACACUCGCUCCCUGGCUGUGAUGUCCAUGGUGGGCUACAUCCUGGGCCUGGGCGACAGGCAUCCUUCCAACUUGAUGCUGGAUCGCCUCAGCGGGAAAAUCCUCCAUAUUGACUUUGGAGAUUGUUUUGAGGUGGCCAUGACCAGAGAGAAGUUCCCUGAGAAGAUCCCCUUCAGGCUGACCAGGAUGCUGACCAACGCCAUGGAGGUGACAGGACUGGAUGGCAACUAUCGCAUCACAUGUCACACAGUGAUGGAGGUGCUGAGGGAGCACAGAGACAGUGUCAUGGCCGUGCUGGAGGCCUUCGUCUACGACCCUCUGCUCAACUGGAGACUCAUGGACACCAACACUAAAGGCAACAAGCGAUCUCGCACCAGAAACGACUCGUACACGGCAGGACAGUCUGUGGCCCUGGAGGGAAUGGACCUGGGAGAGAGCACGCACAAGAAGGCAGGGACCACCGUGCCAGAAUCUAUUCACUCUUUCAUUGGAGACGGCCUGGUGCAACCUGAGGCCCUCAACAAGAAAGCCAUUCAGAUCAUCAACAGAGUGAGAGAUAAACUUACAGGUCGAGACUUUUCUCACGACGAGACUCUGGACGUGCCGACACAAGUAGAACUGUUGAUCAAACAGGCCACGUCUCAUGAGAACCUUUGUCAGUGUUACAUCGGAUGGUGUCCAUUUUGGUGAAGAAUCUUCUUUUUGAUGUCCACACAGUGAAGACUCUGACGUUAAAUCCAGGAAAACUUUUUUUUUUUUUGCACAAAAAAACAAUUUAAGGAUGAUUUUUCAAAGAAGAAGGAAUAAGACGGCGGUUAAUUAUUUGCAAUGUCUUGGAUCAGCUGCCUCAUUACAUCAUUUGUUUCUCCUGCCGCCAUGUUGCAAACAUUGUUGUUAUGGUUGUUAUGUUAUUGUUAUGUUGUUAUUCCAGUAACACAAUCAUCCUUAUCAUAAUGACGAAUGAAUCAUCAUUAUCAUUAUCACAAUGAUGAAGGAAUCAUCCUUAUCAUAAUGACAAAUGAAUCAUCCUUAUCAUUAUCACAAUGAUGAAUGAAUCAUCCUUAUCAUAAUGAUGAAUGAAUCAUCAUUAUCAUUAUCACAAUGAUGAAUGAAGUUGUGGUGCCAUUAAAGUUUGUACAGUUUGUGUCUUGUUGUCCUGCUGGUGACCACAGAGGGCGCUGUGACUCCUAACAUCACCACUCUGAGGACUGUCAGAAUAAAAGUCAGGCUUUUAUUAUUUCUAACAACAGGAAAGAACGUCACAUGUUCACACUUGUCGGAAAAGGAGUAGGAAGAAGCACAGCUUAGGUGUUUCUGCUCCUUUUCCACCGCCGGGCUCACUUCCUGCCUUUAACAAGAGACCUUGUCCAACUAUAAAUAAAUAUCUUAUGAUUAAAU